AUGGGAACUAACAGCAGAUCAAGCAGUUCCUCCGGAAAAAGGAGGAACACUAGAAAUGUGAGAAAUACCCGAAGACACACGACGGAAACGAAUUUGAUGAGAGAAGCAGAUGCGCUGCAACUUGAUUCAGAUAUGGACCUGGAAAUACGAUUGCCUGGUUUUACGCUUCAUACUCAGCUUCAAAUUGCGAUCUUUACAGGGUCGGUCUUUAUUUGGACAGCGCAUUUGAUAAUAAUCAUCUGGCCGCUUUGGGCGCUGAUGAACUCUGCCGUUUCCUCCCCAGUUCUUGGUGCCGUCUUUCUAUUCAAAGGCAUUUUCGUCCAGUGUUUACAAUACAUGCCAGGGCAAUUCCAAUGCGACAACUUCCUUCGACCCGUUUUCUCUCUUUCCGCCAUUCAGCUCAUUUUACGAUCCUUCGCGAUUCUCUCUAUUUUUUGCGGUGCGAUCAGCUUGAUUCUGAUGCUGUUUGGGAUGGAAUGCACAAAGACGUUUUUAACGAAACCAAAAAUUAAGCGUUUUUCACGAAAAAACAUCGAUCAAAACUCUGAAAAAGCUAUGUAUUCUGCCUCCCUUGCUCAAAACUAUCAUGCCUCGGAGUUGGUUCAAUCUUCGAUGGGAUCAAUCUUUUCUGGCAAAGCAAAUAUAGACGUAGAUUCAAUUCGUUACGAGCUUGGUGGCUGUUGUUAUGCUUCCUUCUGCGUUUCUUUCUUAGAAUAUUGCCUGGGAGUGGUGAUUUAUUUCUUCCGUGGAUUUGUGAAUGAAAGAAAAUUGAGCGUAGCGGAACAUCAGGAUCAAGAAAAAGCUUAUGAGGAAAAACUCAGGGCGCUAAUGAAAAACAAAGAAAUGGAAGCCUACAUGUACUGA